UGGGGCAAAAGACCAGGGUUUCACCAUUAUUUGAAAUUUGUUCACUGAAGAGAGUGUAGCAGAGAUGUGGCCGAGUGCAGAAGGAGGGCCACCGGAGGUCACUCUAGAAACUUCCAUGGGUUCUCUUACACUUGAGAUGUAUUACAAACAAGCACCAAGAACUUGCCGGAAUUUCAUAGAGCUUGCUCGAAGAGGCUACUAUGAUAAUGUCAAGUUUCACAGAAUCAUUAAGGAUUUUAUUGUGCAAGGUGGAGAUCCAACUGGUACCGGAAGAGGUGGAGAAUCAAUCUAUGGCCAGAAGUUUGAAGACGAGAUAAACCCACAGCUAAAGCAUACAGGAGCAGGUAUCAUAUCCAUGGCUAAUGCUGGACCAAAUACAAAUGGAAGUCAAUUCUUCAUCACCUUGGCACCUGCACAGUCACUUGAUGGGAAACAUACUAUUUUUGGAAGAGUUUGUCGGGGAAUGGAAAUUGUCAAGAGACUUGGCAGUGUACAGACUGAUAAUACUGACAGACCAAUCCAUGAUGUGAGGAUAUUGAGGACUACUGUCAAGGAUUGAUCUUCUGCAUCUUUAAAAACAAAUGUUAUAUUAGCUAGAGCAUAACAAUUGUUUUAAUUUUUGUCAUCACAACUAAGAUCCAUUCUAUCUUCUGCUUUCUAAGUGAGAAAAAACUGAUUUAGGUCUGUAUGUGGGAACGUGGAUACAAAUUUUGUGCUACCAAAAUGAUACUAAUAUGCUAUUUUGUGUGGGGCUUAGUUUUGUGAGGCUUAUGCCCCGAACGUACGGCUGUACGUCCUAAGCACAUGUAAUGCUUAAUGUUUUGACAUUUUAGACCUUGCCAUGA